AUGGAUUGUUCAUCAUUAUUGAUUCUACUUGGUUUACCCAAUAUAUUGGAGGAUUUAAAUCAACAAGAUUUUCUACAUCCGAUAUUCUUUAGGCACUGUUGCACAUAUGAGGAAUCCAUGACUAUACUUGAACAUUAUCAAAAUACUGUUAGGCAAAUUGAUAUUUUUUUGCCAGACUCUAAGAUUAAUCUUAUUUAUAAUUAUCGAAAGCUCAUGUGCCCACGAAUAUCAUUCUAUGUUUAUUGUGACACAGAAGAAACCUUGGUAGAAUACAGAGAAAUGUCAAUAUGGACUCGAUAUGAUUCUGCUUUCCAUAGAAACCAACUUCAAAAGCAACUUGAACGAAUAGCUCAAUUUCAUCUUCUAAUUAUUCUACUAGAUACGAGAAUGCGUUCUGAAACAGGCGAUAUAGAUGCUGCUGAUGCCCUUGUCCCAAUUUCACAAAUCUUUCUAGCCAAUGCGUCAAGAAUUAGUGAAGAAAUGCAACACGGUUUGCUAAGUGAAGAAAGCAGUUGA